AUGAAGCACCUUCAGCCCCUGGUCAAGAAAUUCACUGCAAAUAGUCUCGGCAAAGAAAUGUCCUCAGAAACGCUGACAAAUUACGACAACCUGGACAUCCACAGCAACUUUUCAUAUGAUGAAAACUGGUACAUCUACGAGCCAAUGGGAGACCUGGAUGACAUGAAUCGUGAUGCUAUCUCAGACUGCCGUCCUACCAUCCCUUCUAACCUCUACCACAUCUGCAUGGCUCCAGUCUCUCUGGCCGUCCUGCUGGUGCUGUCUUUGCUGAUCAAAAGAAAGCACCUGUACAAAAGCUGUUUGAAUGGAGCUCCGGGCCUGUUGAGUCCUGUGCAUUUCUUGGAAGAGGAGGGAAACAGGGGGCUGACGGUAGCCGUGUUCAGCAUCCUCUUCUCCUCCUUAUGCGUGCUGGUUCUGGAUGCCAACCCCCUGCCUUUCGUCUCCAGCUCUUCUGCACGCAGUCGAGAGUACUGGAAGAUCUUGGCUUUGUUCUAUUACCCUGCCUUCUACUACCCCUUAAUUGCAUGUGCUACGGUCCAACACAGAAUCGGGUACUUCUUUGGCUGCUUGCUGUCGUGGUGCCAUUGUGUGGUUCAUCUCUGGCAGAAGGUGGAAUGCCCCGAGUCACCCAAGAUUUAUAAGUACUAUUCCUUGCUCUCUUCGGUCCCCAUCAUUUUGUCUCUUGCUGUUCUGAGUCUCUGGUAUCCUGUCCGGCUCGUCAAGAGCUUCAGACGGAAGGGGGAAACAGCUGAGGAGGUACUUGGAAAUGGAUAUUACAAAGAAUACCUGAAGAAUAUUCUGGCUAAAAGAGCACCAGAGAAAAAUAUUGGCAAAGCUAAGCCAAGUGUCUUCUCAAGAUUCCAGUCAUAUUUGUAUUCUUAUAUAUACACACCACAAGAAGGCUUCCUGAUCCCUCUGAAACUGAUUCUCUCGCUAGCCAUGGCAGUGAUUGCUGUCUAUCAGGUGGCUCUUCUGCUUCUAGUGACGUUUGUCCCCAACAUCCAGAUAGUGAGGUCAGGCAUGACGAAGGACGUGACCGCCUUGCUAGUCCAGUUCGGCCUCAUCCCCAGUGAAAACACCAUGGGCCUUCCCGGAGACAAGGAGCUGGCAAUAGCCAAGCACUACGUCUGGGCCCUAGAAGUGUGUUUCGUCUCCUCCCUCGUCGUCUCCUGCCUGUUGACUUUCAGCAUGCUCAUGAGGUCCCUGGUGAGGCACAGGAUCAACCUCCAGCGCCUGUACCGAGGGGCGGGCGUCGAUGUUUUCCAUCGUCCCCGCCAGCUCCAGCCUUCCCAACAGGCCCUUGUUUGCUGGAUGUGUUUCGCCGCCUUCCAGGCUGCCUUCACCUGCUUGGGUCUGCUCAUUCAACAGAUUGUGUUUUUCACCUGUGCCGUGGCUUUCACCUUCCUUGUGGUCAUCCCUUUGCAAUCCGGCGCCAACAUGUACCUCUUUAAAGUGGCAGAGAACAUGUGGCCCUUCUGGUUGACCUUGGUGGUAUCUGUCCUUGCUCAGAACCUGCUGACACACUUCUGUUUCCUUGAAAAAGCCCAUUCCCAAAAGGAGUUGACCAACAGGCGAGCUUUGUACAUCCUGACAUAUCUGCUCUUCCCGUUAAACGUACUGGUGGGAGUCCUCGCAGGUGUCUGGAGGGUGGUGAUUUCCGCGCUUUACAAUGUCGUCCACUUCUGCCAGCUGGACGUUAGCCUCCUCAGCCAUGGAGUGGAGGCCUUUGAUCCAGGCUUCCGCACUUAUUGUUACUACUUAAAAAUUGAGGUCAGUCAAUCUCACCCGGCGAUGAAAGCUUUCUGCUCGCUGCUUCUCCAAUCGCAAAGCCCGCAGGGGCCGAAGGAACUCCAGCCCAGCGACAUAGAAGAAGGGGUGAUGCUGAUGCAGCAGCCGGCACAGAAAGCCUCCCACCGCAAACAGAACUGUGCCCGAUGGUGCCUGGCAUACACCCUCCUCAACAACCCCUCGCUCCUGCCCUACCGGAAGGGGGUGCUGCUGAACGCCGCGGCCAACGGGAUGCAAACCAGCACAGUGAAGCCUUGAUACUACAAAGGCCCCCUAGCU